AUGAAGGAUCCCUUGCGAGUCACGUUCCUCGGCCCCGCGGCGUCAUUCUCGCACCAGGCGGCCUUGAGCAGUUUCGGCAGUGAAUCCACUGACAUUACCCUCUUCCCAUCCAUAUCGUUCGCCGAUGCAUUCUCCGCAAUCCAAGACAACAACGCAGACUUCGCCGUCAUUCCCUUUGAAAACUCGACCAAUGGCUCGGUUGUUCAAACAUUGGAUCUUUUAGCAGAUCGACAAGGACUGAAUAAAAACAUCACAGUAUGCGGAGAAUAUUUCCUCACCGUCGAGCAUUGUCUUAUUGUUCGCCGACCAUCGACGACAGCAACAUCUGACCAUGGUAGCGAAGAUGUCUUCCAGUCGAUAACAAAAUUAUACACACAUCCUCAAGCGUGGGGCCAAUGUGAGAGGUUUCUUGGUCGAUAUUUCAAAGGCAUCGAAAGGCAAGACGUCUCUUCGACUUCGAAAGCGGCCGAGAUUGUCUCGAAGAACGACGACCACAACCACCACGAAGCCGCCAUUGCCAGUAGCCUCGCUGCCGAGUACCACGGAGCAUUUGUGCUGCAGCGUCACAUUGAAGAUAGAGCGGAUAAUACGACGAGGUUUCUUAUUCUACGGAACGAAGCGUCUGAACGCUCUUCCGGUGUUACUUCUCUCCUCAAGACUACUACGAAGACGACUAGAACGGCGAAGAAGAAAACAUUAAUAUCUUUCAUGAUCGAGCAUUCAGCCCCCGGUGCACUAGCCGAUGCACUAUCGGUUUUCAAAAAGCAUAGCUUGAACUUGACCAGUAUCAAUUCGCGGCCUAGUUUGGUACGGCCAUGGCAGUAUAUUUUCUUCGUUGAAUGCGAGCAUGCACCUACUCCGACUGCGGAGGAUGAAAAGUUCACAUCAGAUAUUUUAAAGGAGUUGGGGACCAUAUGUCUUUCGUGCAGGGAUCUGGGAACUUGGGUUGAUGGGCGGGAUUUGGUAACUUGA